ACAUAUUGGGAUAAUGAAUACAUGAUUCCUGCGUGAGAACGAAAUUAUUUGUUGCGUAUCGUGCAGUGAAAUAAAUAAACGUUGUAACAUACAUUAUAGGCCACUGAUCUCUAAUCCUCCUCGUCUAGAUGAAUAUUUUAAAGUGCUAUCUUAAUCUGCCAAUGAAAGGGUUUUUAAAUCAUUCAUUACAUCUAAUCUCACCAAUCUAAACAGAGCAUUAUUUUUUUAAAUCCCCGGACCAAUUGCUUCACUUACAAUAAAAAAUAUGAUCUUCCGUUUUUGCAUAUUCGCUUAUAAGCCAGCGGGGGUAAAUUUUCCAAUUUAUUUACUCGAAGUUUUAGUGCGACAGUGCAUCUGUAAGAAAUGAGCGAGAAAAGAAUCGAUGGCUCUUCAACGACGGUGCUCUACGGUCAAGCCGAUGAGAUUUCAUGGAUUCAAAGAUGCCUGCUACUUUUAAACACCUUUUACUACCAAAUUUUGGCCAUUGUUACUAUGGUCAUGUUUUGGAUAUUUUUUGAAACUUAUGCAUUGGAUGCGACCAGAUUGUGGCAUUUGGUUCUAACAACUGCUGCGUAUGUUCCUUUAAUGGCUGCUGCAAUUAUAUUAUUUUCCGAAGACAACAUUACAACAAUUCACAUUUCAAGAACCAAACGAUACACCAUACAUGGGGUUUUGCUUUUCAUCAGUUGCUUAGCUGUUACUGCUGGGAUUUCUAUUGAAACUGAUGCGAAGAGACGACUUGGGAGGACUCAUUUUCAAAGCAACCAUGCCAUUUUAGGUCUGGUUUCCUGGAUUCUAAUGUUCUUAUCGGUGCUGAUUGGACUGAUGGCAGCAAAUACCAGAACGUUUUCAUCGUACAUUAAGCCAGUGGUGAUAAAAUUAGUCCACAACUUUUUAGGAUUGGCCGCAUUUGCCAUUGGAAUUGGAUCGUUAUUUGAAAUGCUAACGUUUUUUGAGAGAAAUAGCUCGCAAACUGUAUAUGAUGGAAUUUACGUUGCUUUGGUCUUUGUUGCCAUUUGGAGCGGGUUAGCAGCACUUAAGUCUUUGUAUGGACAAAUCAAGAGCGUUUUCUUUUAAACAGACUAAUGGACUUAGUUAAAUUAAGGAUUGUCUUUCACGUUUUUAUGCAAAUUUAUUUAACAUCAAGGAUAAUGCGGAAUUUACUGUGGAAUUUUGUCUACUAAAUUGAUUAAUCUUAUUAAAUAAGUUUCAUGUACGGUAGAUAUUUCGUCCAAAGUAGAAGGAUGUUUUAGUAAACAUUCAUUUCGAAAGGUCUUGAAUAGUUCAAAGCAACAAUUCCAUAUUUAGUACCUAUUGUAUUCGUUGGCUUCUCGUGAUAGCUAACAAAAACAUUUUCUAAACUAAGUGUGGCUAGAGAAAAUUAAAUCAAUAAUUCCGGGCAGAACCAAGUAAUAAGUAAAUUUAUAUAGUGAUUGUUGAAACUAUUAAUUAAGUGAAACCAUUUCCAAAAGCAAAAAAUAUGUUUUGAAAAGCUCUUGAACUUUUUUUGAAUCACCUUGUAUUUUAAUGCGCCUUUUCUGAAUAGUUUCGUAUAUGAAACUAAAUUAUAGAAUCUCCGGAUAGAAUUUUAACUUUAAUAUACAGGGUGGUUUAUUUAUAUAUCACUAUGUGACAGUACCUACAUUAUAAGUAGUAUAAUUUUAAGAUAAGUCAAACAUUUAAUAUCACAUUUGUUCUAUUUUUUUUCUGUUAAUGCCUAAAUUAAGUGUUUUAAUUUUAAGUUAAUUAAGUUUUGUGGUAAAUUAGUGUACAACUGGUUCAAACUGACUUUUACAAACUAAUUUUUUUAUAUCACAAAUAACUGUUGAUUUUUGUUUUUGUUUGUGGCAAACUAACAUAGAAUAGUUGAUCAACUAUUCUCGAGAAUGCGGUUUUAACGGUUCUUACGCACAUAGCAGUAACAGAAGCCACCGAAUUUAAUUUGUAGAAACAAAUAGAGAAAACCUGAGAAAAUUGAGUAAAUCGUUAGUUUUCUGCUA